AUGGACCACAUGGACAUUCCCAUAGAACCCAUCCGGCCCCCUCAUGUGGAGGUCGACCCUACCCUUCGCACGAUUACACGAGGAGUACCUGACCGCGCCGCCAUUGAUGCCCCCAUUCCAAAGGUCCGCGCGACCCCGGCCACACAAAAUCCACUGAAUAACUUUGACAGGAGCGCCGUUACUCAUGUCGUGAUUCAAGUGACCAUUACUCGACAGACGCAAAUCUUCAAAUACAUCGGCUAUCAAUACGACUGGUACGUUCCGAGCGUAUUUUGGUAUUUCCUUGGCAAGAUAGCCGGCAAGGCACUGUUUGACAACCAAGUCGAAUUGACGGGACUGAACUUUGUGGCUAUCGGCCGGCGGGAGUUUAUCGCGUACACCACCUCGACGUGGAAAGCUGCCGCGGACGCACAAAAAGCAGCUGGCUUGACUGGCCGGGAGCGCUUCCCGCCGCUGAAUGUUAUUGAGGUUAAUUUCAAGAAGCCCCAGCCGGGGCAGCCGUUGGAGGUAACAUGGGCGCCUGCGAGACCCAUAACCACGGCUAAGAUCAGAGAAUGGAACGAAGAUGAUGGGCGCCGACCCAACCAUGAUACCCCUCAGAAAUCAGACGCAGACAAGGCUACUGGCUACGUAACCUACCCAGCUCAGCCCAGUUGA